GACACUGAGCCCAAUUCAAUGCUUUCAAAAAAAAAAAAAACAGCAAAAGUGACACUUGAUUUAGCUUUCUUAGAUUCUUUACAACACAAGAUAGAUUAGAAUUAGAUUACAGUUUUAGCAUCUUAUUCUCAAACUUCAGCCCAAAAACAUUAAAUUUUUGGGUUGCCACUGAACUGAAGCUGCUGCUUUGUGGAGGUACGAAGAGAAAAUAAAAGCAUGGGAAGCCCACACCAGCCGAAGAGGAGAGUGGCAUUUGUUCUUGUUGAUGGGGUGGGUGAUGUGUCAUUGCCAAGGUUUGGAUACAAGACUCCCUUGCAGGCGGCCAAGACUCCGAACUUGGAUGCUAUUGCAUCUGCAGGAAUCAAUGGUCUUAUGGACCCUGUUGAAGUAGGUUUAGGAUGCGGAAGUGACACUGCUCAUCUUUCAUUGUUGGGUUAUGACCCACGAGUCUACUACAAGGGUCGAGGUGCAUUUGAAUCAAUGGGGGCUGGGUUGGCUAUGUCGCCUGGAGAUAUUGCAUUCAAGUCAAAUUUUGCAACUAUCGACGAGAAAAGUGGUAUAGUUACCAGUAGAAGAGCUGAUAGGCACUUUGAAGAAGAAGGGCCAAUUCUUUGUGCAGCUCUGGAUAGGAUGAAGUUACCGUCAUACCCUGGAUAUGAAGUCAGAGUCAGGUAUGCAACAGAGCAUAGAUGCGGAGUGGUUGUAAAAGGACCGAAAUUGAGUGGAAAUAUAUCAGGAACAGACCCAUUAAAAGACAAUCGAUUACUUCUGCAAGCUGAAGCCUUAGAUGAUACUGAUGAAGCAAGGCAUACAGCUGCCGUUGUGAAUGAAUUGUCCAAAGAGAUGUCAAAGAUUCUUGUCUCUCACCCACUGAAUGCAAAACGAGCUGCAGAAGGGAAGAACAUUGCCAAUAUUGUCCUAUUACGAGGAUGUGGUAUUAGAAUUGAGGUUCCCUCGUUUGAGGAGAAACAUGGUUUAUGGCCAUGCAUGGUUGCUCCCACUAAAAUUAUUGCUGGUUUAGGCCUAUCGCUUGAUGUUGACAUUCUAGAAGCUCCUGGGGCAACUGGAGAUUAUCGAACACUUUUGACGUCAAAAGCUUCUGCCAUAGCUAAGGCUCUUUCUGCUCCUUUGCAGUCUUGCCCCAAUGUUUUUGUGCCCGGGGAGGAUGGGCUCAAACCAGGCAGAGUAGAUGGUUAUGACUUUGGGUUUCUCCACAUUAAGGCAAUUGAUGAUGCAGGUCAUGAUAAGGCAAGCGUUUUUAAAGUUAAGGGACUGGAAGCAGUAGAUCAAGCUAUAGGCCAGUUGGCCAAGCUUCUUUGGCAGGCAGAAUCAACCGGAAACUUUCAGUAUUUCCUUUGUGUAACUGGAGACCACUCUACUCCGGUUGAGUAUGGAGACCAUAGUUUUGAACCAGUUCCGUUUGCCAUGUGCCGAUUGACAGACUUCGUAGGUGCAGUGGGUGGAGAAUCCAAUAUUGUAGCAACUUCGCUUGAACCAUUUCCUCUCCCAACAAUUAAGGCUGAUGAAGACCUCGAGGAAGAUAAGAUUCGAGAGGAGAGCGGACAUAAACAGGUUAAAGCUUUCAGUGGUGAUUCAGUCUGCGAAUAUAGCGAGAUAGCAGCAGCAAGAGGAUGUCUUGGACGAUUUCCAGGAGGAGAAAUGAUGGGCGUCAUAAAGACAUUUCUUAAACUAAAGGCGUGAUAUACUUUUUUGGAAGUAAAUCCGGCCAGGUAACACCUUUUACUUGAGAUCACUAUCUUUAACUCAGAAAAUAUGAAGCUUUUUGUCUAGUGACGAUAUAUACAUCAUUGGAGAUUUGGUGUAUAAUAAAGGUAUAAAUUUCAUACAA